GUCCCAAACACAACAUUCGAGGUCCCAAACACAACAUUCGAGGUCCCAAACACAACAUACGAGGUCCCAAACACAACAUACGAGGUCCCAAACACAACAUUCGAGGUCCCAAACACAACAUUCGUGGUCCCAAACACAUCAUUCGAGGUCCCAAACACAACAUUCGAGGUCCCAAACACAACAUUCGAGGUCCCAAACACAACAUUCGAGGUCCCAAACACAACAUUCGAGGUCCCAAACACAACAUUCGAGGUCCCAAACACAACAUUCGAGGUCCCAAACACAACAUUCGAGGUCCUAAACACAACAUUCGAGGUCCCAAACACAACAUUCGAGGUCCCAAACACAACAUUCGAGGUCCCAAACACAACAUACGAGGUCCCAAACACAACAUUCGUGGUCUCAAACACAUCAUUCGAGGUCCCAAACACAACAUUCGUGGUCUCAAACACAUCAUUCGUGGUCCCAAACACAUCAUUCGAGGUCCCAAACACAACAUUCGAGGUCCCAAACACAUCAUUCGAGGUCCCAAACACAACAUUCGAGGUCCCAAACACAACAUUCGUGGUCCCAAACACAUCAUUCGAGGUCCCAAACACAUCAUUCGUGGUCCUAAACACAACAUACGAGGUCCCAAACACAACAUAUGA